GUUAUCUUCGCGAGCAUCGAUGCGAGAAGUAUUACGGGAUUAUUCUUUGAUGAGUGAUUAGUAUUAUUUCGCGCUAUUAUUUAACUUGUAUGUACGAUUAAAUAAAUCGUAAGGGUAUCGAGGCGACGACAUUGUUGGAAGCAAAUAUUUCCCGCGCUUUAUUAUUCACGUGAAGUAGGCAUAUUAUUGACGCGUCAUAUCAAUGCGUAGUUGCUGACGUCGUUCCAGGGUCACUUAACGAAACGUCGCGAACGAGAGAUGAACCGCGGAGUUUCGCAAUGUAUUUAAUUAAAAGUAAGUCAUAAUUGAAAUCAUAUUUUAAUCAUUUUUGAUUGCACAGCAUGUAAAUCCGGUGUUUGACCACGUGCGACUCGUAUUGUUUACGCGCUGUCAUCUUGUCAUUCGCGCGGCGACAAUCGAGAACAAGUAGGUUAACGGCACGGCGUCGUAUAUUAGUUUUCAAGAUCGUGAAAAAUACUACGAUCAUGAUGUCAAUACAAAUGUGAUUAAUGAGUAUCACACAAAUUCGAUUACUCAAUUCGAUUAAACGUAUCGCGGCGAUGGCUGUGUCGAAAAAAAAUUUUUGCGCGCUUUAUUUGCUUGAUCGACGCGAUAGGAAUUUAUAUAAAUCACGGUAUAUAUGAUAUGGUCACUUACGUGCGUGAUAUAAUCUCAUAAUAUAUAUAAUUACAAUAAUUAUCGUGUAUUAAAAUUAUAUUUUAAUAAUUUUCGAUCUCGUAGCAUAUAAAUACGGCGUUUAUGCGACAAUCGAUAAUUUAUUUAAACUUUAAACUUCUGCCGUAUUCGCGCGCAUGCGAAAUUAGUCUCUAGAGAUAUCACUAGAGCGACCGUGGAUAACUUCGCGCGCUUUUCCCGCGUUGGAUUCCGGCCAUAAUCAAGUGCGCGUCGCUUGCUAGUAAAUUCGGGAGUGUCGUGAAAAGUAUCAUUAACUGAUCGCGCUCAUUAACUGAAUUCGGGUGCGAUUAAUGCGCGCAUCGUAAUUGUAAUUAAUUAUUUUCGCGAGUGAGUGUCACGAAGGAGCAACAAUGGUGAAAUGAGAGAGGAGGAGGAGGAGGCGGCCGGGGGUGGCAUCAGGCAACGGCGGAGCAACCAGGAGAUGAACGCUGUAUGUGUGAAUGUGUAACUCCGCCGCUGCGCAUCGAAUCGAACGGCAGUUCGGAGAGCGUGCCGGCGGGUCGAGGCAGCGACCCGACCUCGCCCUCACCCUCGCCUUCGGAGGGCAGGCACGCGGAGGCCGCGGAAACAACAGCCGGCUCCAACGUCCUCAAGAUGGGCAGCACGGAUUCGGCAGGCAACGCUCGCGGGCCCUCCUGCGGUAUCGUCAGCUCCCUUCUGCCCACCAGCUGUCGGGGUAGCGCGGAGGCUUUCGCCCGGUGUCUUCAUCGACGGCUAACGUCCUUGAGCGGCGAAAACGGCUCGCCCGAGCGAACCGGGGAUGCCGCCGUACCGCGCGAGACCUCGUGGUUACAUCCGUCGUCGUCGAGCAACCGCCACUCCACCGCCAACAGUCUCGCCGCCAUUAAUCAGCAUCCGAUUCUUCAGCAUCAGCCGCGUCACAGUUCGGAGUCGGAUCUCUUCUACGAGUUGGAGGACGGGCCGGGUUCGCCUGCCGAGGAAGCAACCGCUGCCGAGUUGGCGCAUCUGCUGGUGAACCCGGAGAUUCUGAAGGCGAACCAUCACGACGCCUGCCACUGUUCGCCGAGUGGGACUAGGAUGACGCCCGGCCUCGUGGGUGUUCAUUCCGGAGAUUCCGAAUCCGGAUGCAUCUUUGCGUCACCGAUCGCCGGCACGCCGCCCGAUAGCGAUUCUCCAGAAAUGUUCUUCGACCCAGAAUCUUCGGAUGCUGAGAAAUUAAAGAGCGAAGCCUUCUUCGACCCGAUCAGCACUUCGGAUAGCGAGGUCAACAAUUCGAAUCUCACCAAUGUUAAUUUUGUUCGCGCGAGGGCCAAAAUUGCAUUGAACGGACGCGCUAGACGGACAAACACGAAUAUGGAACGCAACGAAGAUACAACGUCCGAGUCGAGCUGUUCGUCGAGAAGAAAACCCGCAUCUGAGCAGGAAGAACAGGUCGUCUGCAGUUCGGAGGAUUCGCUCAACGGCAGGAGCUCUCAAGAAACGACGUCGCCCAGCCAUGAGUCUCUGUGGAGCACAUUCGACGAUAGCACUAUGUCAUUGCAGGACGAGAGUCCGCCCAGGAUCAUCCAGAAUUCCGUUGUUCCUUACAUCUGCCUGCCCAAGUCGCAUUCAGACUCUGAGCUACCUAGCAACGGUAUUAACACGGCAAUAUUCAACAAACUCAAAACAGACAGGUGGAACGAAGAGGUAGAGGAAGAGGAAGAAGACAAGGACAACGAAAAGGACAAGGACGACGAACAUGAUGUUGACGAAGUUAACUUCGUCAAUGGUGUAUCGAAGAAAAUGAUGGACAAUGACAAAAAUGACAGUGAACUCGACGAUUUUCUUAAUGAUGUUGAAGACUCAGUUGAUAAGGCGAAGAACCGGACAGAUUGUACAGAAUCCGCAGAUGUCACGAUAGUACCAUCAAUAAAUACAGCGCUGCUAAAAGUGGAGGAUACGGUCGCCAAUGACAGUGAUACCGAUCAAUCUGCUUAUAGCAGCGCCUUUGAUAUUCCGGAAGUGCUUACAUUGGAAUGCUCAAGCAGCGAUGGGAUGACAACUUCGAAGAGCGAGCUAAAGUUGCAGAUCGAAAACGAUGACGCGCUACGUGAUGGCGAAGAGGAGAGGCUGAGUUUAUUGCUGAAAAAGCUCGGCGAUAAUUCCAAUGUGAAAGAAGACUCGUCAUCACUGGAGCAAGAGACACAGAGCGAGAUAGUGGAAGAGGAGGAGGACAGGCCGCAGAGAGUACGUAGGUGUUCCUCGCUGAAGACAGGAAAAACGCCCCCAGGCACGCCGCACAGGAAGAAGAUUGUCCGUUUCGCAGACAAGCUCGGUCUCGAUCUGGCCGAUGUGAGGACGUUCCUGGACGAGAUACCGAAGAUACCGAAUUCUGCGUACAGCGACUUGAUCUACGAUGACAUUUUCCGACCGCAACAAGACAACGGCAGUGCGGACAACGGCAGUGCGGACAACGUCGCGCCAACCACUAGCAAUCAUCCCUGGUGCAACCGUUUUCAGGACGAUGGCAGGCGCAGAUCCAUGUCGGCGAUACCCAGGAAGCACGACCGGAUGCUGGUGCCGUUGUUCCAGCAACCGGGCGGCGUGGCGAACUUUCUUGAUAUAGUGCGCGAGCGGCGGGUUUGUCUCGAAAACGUACUAGUGCAGGACCCGGUGACCUUGGCGAUUCAAGGCUCGGUGCGCGUUAUCAAUCUCGACUUCCACAAGUCCGUGCACAUACGUUACACCCUCAACUCUUGGCGAAACUUCAGCGACCUGCAGGCGACGUACGUGUCCAACUCGUGUGACGGAUUCAGCGACAAGUUCACCUUCAUCCUCUAUUGUCAUACGCUACUGGUCGGUCAGAGGCUCGAAUUCGCGGUACGUUUCCAGUGCAAGGGAGCACAGUACUGGGACAACAACGGCGGUGCCAAUUACUGCUUUCAAUGCUUGCCGGCCACGUCAUCGACCGGAUACAUACCGAUCACCGCUGACGAGAAUCGACGCACCAGCUGGUCACCGACGUUCUACUGAUGAAUGACCGAAUCGACUUGACAUGACGACGGCACGGAAACACAAACAGACUGAAUCAGUUGUUAAUGAAGAGGCUAACGGCGCGAACUCGCGGUACUUCUUACACGUUCCUAGACAAGUGCUUCGCGACGAAGUGUGAAAAACGAAACUCUCGGGAUUUAUCAUUGUUUUCUGAUGCUUACGCAGGGCUUUCGGAGAGCUUGCGUGACGAUUGUGUUAUUAAUUUCACAUUUGGAUGCGAAGAAUUCCUUCAAGUGUACACUUUGGAUACUAAUAAGAAAUAUUCGCAAUAUUCUCGAGGAUUAAUUUUGUAAAACUUAUUUUAGAAAAUAAGUUUUUUGUAGAUUUAGAAAUGAAACAAGAAUCGUGCAUUUUUUGUUUCUAUCGAUAUUAAAGUGCGAAACAACUUUUUAAAUUUUACAUCAAAUUUUUGUAAUAACACACUAAAAUGUCUUUUGAUAUUUUAUAUAGUUUACUCUCCGAAAUCUCUUUCCACGAAAGCGUUUCCCGAGGAAUUACGAAAUAUACUCCGCCCAUUUCCCAAACUGUACCUGUCAAGCCAACGGAGAUUAAAAUCUUGAAAGCUAGAUAUCUUCUCGCGCGAAGCGAAAAAAAUGAGAGUACUCGUUCCAAGCUAUGAAAUGGCCUAAACAGAGCUGGCACAAGAAACGCUAAGGGGCAAGUAGACGGUUUAAACGUUCCUAUGGAAAGAGUACCUUUACAGAGUUUAUGUCAGAGUUAAAGCUGAUGAAUCAUUUAAUCGAUCGUAUGAAGGAAAUGUCGCUCACGAUCGCGAUUUUGUUAGCCGGUACAACGACGACAGACGAUAAUGAAAUGAACUUUGUUAUAAUAAUAUUAGUCCUUGUUAGCGAUAUUUUGCGAGUUUAGAUUUUAUUGUAGAGAAUGUUCCGUAAGGUGUCACACGUACAAAUACAUUUAUACUUUUCUUUCGGGAUAUUGCGCUCGACAUCGAGAUGGGACUUUAAAUAAUGUAAGAUUCAAAUGUAACUGGUGCCUCCAAAGAUAUAUCACUCAAUUAUAUAUAUUUUUCAAUUCAAUAUAAUAAAGAUUUUAACGUUUUUAUAAAUCGUCUAUUUUUUUUGUCGAAAAUAUGAAGUCGAAUUAUCUUUAGAGAAAAUUUCUCUCGCAAGAUUAUUAUUGGUUUCAAAAUCACUCAAUAUCGGAAAAUAAAAAAUUUUGAAGUGAAAGAAUAAUGGAGAAAAAUAAAUAUAAGGGCUGGAUAUAUACUAUCUGAACAUUGUUUUUUGUCCAUUGAAAAUCUCUUUCAGACUAAUAUUUCAUUUCGUGUUGCAGGAGAUCUAGUGUAUAUCAAAGAGUUCCAUUCGUGUGAAAAAAAAAAAAACGCGUGAAUGUUAUUUUGUAUAUAUAUUAUAUGCAUACGUGUACAGGUAGCGUCAGUAUUGGUGGCAGGCGUGUCAUUCAUUGACUAAUUUUACUUUACUCAGCAUAACAUUAAUGCAUCACAUUACAUUAUUAGAAUUCGUUGCGUUUUACGAUAUAAUCUUUGUACAUAUCGUUAUACGAUGCUUCCCUUACGCAAUCUAUGUACAAUAUAUUGUACAUUGAAAAUGCGUCGAUUGUGCGGAUGGAAAGAUUUUUUGUGAGAAUUUAUUUAAAGUACGAAUCCUCUGAGAUAGAGAUCUUUUUUAAUUUUAUAUUCAAGGAUUAUGUAUAUUGUCGUUUUUGCGUGCACAAUUGACUUCUACUUUUUAUACAGUCCUACAUCAUAUUUUUGCAACCAGGAAUAUCCAUAAAUAUUUUAGCAUCUAUCGAAUUAUCAUUAUAUGCUUCUCAGAUGUACUUUUUCUUUACAUUUUAAUAAAUAAGUCGCAUCUUUCAGCCAUAUCUAAAGAGUACGAUGAUAUGGGUUUUUUGUUAUCGAUUUAUUGUAUUCUAUUGUUAAUAUAUUAUUCGAUCUAUAUAAAAUUAGGAUUUGAUACUCUAGAAACAAUAAAAUUAUUUUGUUAUUAUAUAAUUUUAUAUUAUAAAAUAUUUUUGUAAUAUAUCAGAUUAUACAACUGCUUUGUUGUUGCUUUUUAUAAAUUUUUAUCUUAUCUUUUCUUCAAUUCUCGAUCAUGUUUUCCUGCAUACUUAAUCUUGGGAUUAAUGACGCUGCCAUAAAUCAUUUUUUUCUCGUGACAUUAAUUUAUACUAUAAAAGUUAAAUAUCGAAUGCCACGUAGACCAUCAUUAUUGAGGCGCGCAUAAUGAUGUACACAUGUGAAACAAAUCGAAUAGGUCAAUCGAAUAGGUUCAUCGCUAGACAAUAUUGUAGAAUUUUUCAGCGUCGGAUGUGUGUGUAAAUUAGCUUCUUGACGGAAUAUUCUGUAAAAAAUAAGCGUUGAUAGAGUAAAGUAAGAUAUAUUUGAUAAUAAAACAAAUUUAACAAUCUUUUAGUCAUCGGCCGUUGAAUUCCGUGCAGCAAUAGAAUUUCAUAAGAUUGUUACAAGGUUGCCAUAUAUGACACUUAUUAUUUACUGCACAGCUAGAAAUUAUUAGGAAAAUUUUUCUUUACCGCAGAUCUAAUGGAUAGUAUUUUACGCAGUUUUAUUCACGUUUUUUAAAUAAUAUUGUUUUUUGUAUCUUUUGAUGUUAUCUAUAUGUAUUAUUGAUUGUUUUCCACAAAAAAAAAACAUUUCUAAUUUUAACUGUUUACACACAAUAAAAAUAAAAGAAAUAAAUUAUCAACGAAUUUGUCACGAUAAUUUUACGUAAAGUAAAAAGUUUAAUUAAUACAAAAAUAAAAGUAAAAUUUUAUAUAUAUAUAUAUAUUUCCUUACAACUGUAAGAAAAAGUUGAAAUUUGAAAUAUUAUAUCUCAAAUUUUACCGUAUCACAUACUCUAUAUGUAUAAUGUGCGUUAUAAAUAUAAUAACAAUGUAAAGAUGUUAUAUAUCAUAUGUAUGUUGAAAGGAGUACUGUUAUAUAUGAUCAGUGUACGUCGUCACGGAAGUAAACUAUCGAAAAGCGCUAAUUAUAUUUGCGAUGUGCAUAUACGACGCACAUGUAACUUCCAGUAAAUGCGAGAAUGUUAGCGAGAGAAAUCACACCGAGAAUAUUUUCCUAAAGAUUGUUAUCAAGAAUUUAUGUCGUUGAUCAAGAUGCAAUGAUUACUAGUAUAACCGGUAGUAAUAAUUAAGUAAUUAUAGAAUUAAUUAAUAAUAUAGCGACGAUUGAAAUUGUAUCUUUUGACCACCGAGUUAAUCUUGUCGUAUAGUCCGUUUCCGCUAGGUAUAUCGAAAAGAAUGGAGAAUGUUGCAAUAAGUGCGUGUACUAAUCUCAUCGAUCAUUUUAUGUACGGGGCUUUUAUAUAUAUUCCUCUACUUUUUAAUCUUAACGGGCUAUAAAAAUCGAUGAUGCGUGAAUGAGAGUAGUUGUCAUCGUUUGUUUUUUUUGUUUAUGUUUUGAUUCGAACUUUAUCUAUGUCUCGAAAUCUCUCUCUCUCUUUCUCUCUCGAGUAAGCAAUCUUCUUUUGCGAUUUGGAGGUAAAAGGAUGAAUAUCUUUGAUAUAUUUGUAUAGUUUCUUCCUUCUCUUUCCAAAUUGCAGACCAAUAUUGUUCUCGCUGCGAGAUAUUGCUGUCAUAUUUUACGUCGUUUAUUAUGUCGGAAUAUUCCUAAUCGUUAUAAAUCAUUAGAUCAUUAUAAAUUAUAUGACUAUAAACUCAUCAAUCGUGUUUCCUUGUAAGUACUUCCAUAAUGAUAUGUUCAAUAUACAUACAAAGUAAUCGCAUUAAUUAAUGUAGUUCUGUUAGAAAUACAUCACAAUAGUAGUUCUGUAACGAAUCAUUAAUGAUAACGUCGUGACAAUGAAGAAAAAAAAAA